AUGGAGCAGGAGCUCGCGCGGACCCAAGCGAUACUGAGGGAAGCGACAAGAGGUUCUCCUCGUAGUCAGCAGCGCGUCGAUGACCAUACGUCAAGCUCCCCCAAGACGACUGGAACAGGCGCUUCACUCGACCUGAGCAACCUGACUUCCUUCCAGGACCAGACAAUGUUUUCGAUGUCUGAUCAAACCUUAUCAACCAGUUUUCUCGUCCAGGACUCCGCCAGUGUGAGCAACUCGGAUCAACCACACCAGCAGCGGCGCCAUGAUCCUGCGGAGCACAUGAACGAGGUCCAGCCAACCGUGAAUGGUGACGUCGAAGUCGAAAAAGCAAUUGACCAUGUCCUCUCUUCCUCUCGCUCGACUAAGAAGCCUUGGGUGUCUCUCGAGAAGGGGCCGCCUUCCGGUGAUUUCGACUGGGACGAAAGGAAUGAGCUGCAGACGGCGAACAACUUCGUGGAUGGAAUGGCCGCUCUGACCAGCGAGUCCAACGGAGGAGGAUAUUUAGGAGUGGCUUCGGGUGCGGCUAUGCUGCGAUUGACGGGAGCCUCCGACCAGAGUCCUGCCCGAGAUCAAAAACGAGCCUCGACGACGAUUCCAUACGCCAUUACAUCAUUGUCAUUUUUGGAAGGGUUUCUGGAUGCAUACUUUAUGCUCUUUCAUCGGUCCUACCCGAUUGUUCACGAGGCGACGUUCCGAGCGCAAUUCAUGGAGAUGGUCCCCCGUCCGCGGGGUCAGGCCUGGCACGUCUUGCUGUACGCCAUGUGUGCGAUAGGAGCUUGGACCUCUGCCACCCAGCAAUCGGACAUCGACCUUGGGCUCUUUGAAGCUUCCAAGAGUAGGAUGUCCAGCGAUAUGCUGGAGACGGGCAAUUUAACACUGGUCCAAGCCCUGACUCUGAUUGCUAACUACGUCCAGAAGCGCGACAAGCCGAAUUCUGGCUAUAACUAUACUGGUCUCGCUCGGCGAAUUGCAAUGGGCAUUGGGCUUCACAAAGAGUUUCCCAAUUGGCAGACGAGUUUAUUGACUCAAGAGAUGAGGCGCAGAGUCUGGUGGUCGCUGUACGUGCUCGAUGUCGGAGCGAUAAUCACCUUCUCCAGGCCUUUGGACUUCCCGGAUCGAGGGAUUGAGACCGAGUUGCCCCUGAACGUUCAUGAUGCGGAUUUCACCGCCCUGACACCACAAAAGCCUUCCUCAGCCAACGAGACGACGCUGUAUUCCCACCUUCGAGCGCAAUCGACAUUUCACCUUGCCACUUGCCAGAUAUACUCGUGCAUCAUAUCCACUCCUUACCCGUCACCUGCGGAUCUUCUCCAGCAAGAUGACAGUCUCAUCGGAGCUUGGCUUUCAGGGUUGCCCACAUAUUUCCAGGAGCACAGUCCGCAGCCUCCAAGAUACGCACUUUGCCAUUCCAUACUCAGCUGGCGGUAUCGCAAUUUUCGUAUCCUCAUGUAUCGCCCAUUCCUCGUCCGACGGCAGAUGGCUCGAGCGCAAACGGUCUCAGUCGAUUCUUCAGAGGACAUGCACUCCGAGGAGAUGGCCAUCCAGCGCUGCCUUGAUGCGGCUCGAGAGUCGAUCUCUCUCAUCUCAAAGUUCUGGGACGAAAACGAGAAAACCAUGAUGGCCUCGUGGUACAGCCUUUUUUUCCUCUUCCAGGCUAUCCUGAUCCCCGUGAUUUGCCUUCGCAACGACCCUCAAGCACCGGAAGCGGAGGGAUGGCAACAGCAGGUUUUGGUCGCCAUUCGAGUGAUGGAGUCGAUGCUGCAGGUGAACCCGACAUCGGAGCGAUGCCUCCGCGUGGUGAGAUCCUUGACGAGGGAAUACCUGGGCGCAAGCGGCGGCUGGGGAGGGCCGACUGAAGAGUCGCCGCAGACCCAGCUCAACAAUCUAUAUCCACUAAUGUGGCCUACGUUGGAAUCGGCACAAUUUGACGGGGUCGAUGCCAUGCUGUAA